GAAAGAGAGAGAAUGCAGGGGCUGUUGGAAGCAGCUCAGUUCCGCGAAAAGAGCUUGGAGGAAGAAAACAAAGAGCUACGAUGUAAGCUGGGUGGCCUGGGGCAAAAGCUGAAUGACUACGCUGCCGAAACACAGAAACUGCUCGAGACAGAAAAGCUCCUGGAGCGACUGCGGCGAAAAUUUCACGAAUGUCGGCGGCUAAAGAACGAAUGGUUUACAACAGUGAACAAGGAGCAGAUCAGCAGAGACGUAAUCGACAACUGUCGCAAGGAGACGGCCGAGCUGCGGCGUUGCGUUCGUCGGGACAAGAGUCGACUGGAAACUGCCUACAGUUAUGUCAGCGAAUUGGAGACUCAGCUGAAGAACAGGCAGAUGCAGAUUAACGAACUAAAAAGCCAGCUGGACGACAUCCGUGAGCUGCACAAAGAGCAGAUUGAGGCGAUCCAAAUGAGGUACCGCGCGCUGGUGUCUGUCUGUCAGCGCCAGGAAACGCACAUCCUUGAACUAUAUCAAAUACUCGAGUGCCGCCGUAACUCGAUGAGUCUGAGGACCGGCGACGGCAGUUUCGAGCUGAGCAUACCGCAGCGAUGCGUCGCCCGGGAGAUCGUCUCGUACGACGACAGUUUCAUCGAGGGACACAGCAACGACUCAGAGCUGUACCUGCCCUUUCUGUUCCGCGAGAACACCCGCCAAGGCUUGACCAAAAAAUCGAUCAGCGACAGCAGCUACGUAGAAGAUAUAGAAACGCUUGCCGAUCAUGCAUAG